AGUGCGGAGAGUUGCUUUUAUGAUGCAUACAUUUACAGUUGUUUUGUUGCUGACAUGCUAUUGUGCAUCAGUUUACAGCAGUUUUCCAUCCGACAUCGAAAAAUGUAAAAUGACAGAUCCUAAUUUGAAUGAAUGUAUGAGGGAGCAAGCAGAGAAAGUACUCCACAAAUAUGCUAAAAGUGGAUUAAAGGACAUUGGAUUAAUCAUGGUUGAUCCUUUGGAAAUUACUGAAUUGUCAGCAACUGGCGGUGGUAGCGCCAAUUUGGAUCAAACCUACAAGAACAUGAAAAUUUACGGAAUGUCAUCUACGUAUGUAGAAAAGUUCGACAUCGAUUUUGACAAGUGCGAAAUAGAGGCGAUCGGCGGAUCGGAUGUGAUUAAUGUACUCGCUGAUUAUACAUUGAAAGGCCAAUUGCUGGUAUUUCCAAUCAAUAGCCAAGGAAAAUCAAAUUUCACACUAAAGAAUUCCAAAAUGAAGCAUAACUUGAAGUGCGAGAAAAUCAUGAUCGGCGGAAACGAACAUUUGAACAUCACAGACUUUAAGACGGAGUUUAUCCAAUACGACAUCGAACUCUAUUUCGAUAAUCUCCUUGCUGGAAACACAGAUAUCAGCAACGGAAUCGCCAAUGUUCUGAAAGAAAACUCUAAUGAAAUAUUUACGGAGGUGAAACCUUCGCACGAAGAAGCAUACGCUAUUCUGUUUAAACGCAUCUUCAAUAACGUAUUUAAGAAAGUUCCAUUGAAAGAGCUAUUUGCUUAAUAUCAUAUUGAUGAAUAGAUAAUUAAAUUACAUAUCAUUUUUAGUUUGAAAGUGAAUUUUUAGUUUAUUUAAGAUGAAAGCUUUUGUACUGUGUGUAAAUAAAUUAACUAAUGUAUGCAUUAUUUAUUUCUUU